CCACUGGCAAGAAUGUUAUAAAAGCCAUUGAUUCAAAGGACUCGGUCUCUUCACCUACAACCACCUCACUGGAAGCUUGUAGAAGAAGAGGCACUGUCCACAAACAAAUCAGUCAAGAUGACCCACCAGUUCCCAGCACUGUCUGCAGAGCAGAAGAAAGCUCUGGCAGACAUUGCUCAGAGGAUUGUGGCUUCAGGGAAGGGGAUCCUAGCUGCAGAUGAAUCAGUUGGUACCAUGGCCAACAGGCUGCAGAGGAUCAAUGUGGAGAACACUGAGGAGAAUCGCCGGGCUUUUCGAGAGAUCCUCUUCACUUCAGAUGCUUCCAUCAGCCAGAGCAUUGGGGGAGUGAUCCUGUUCCAUGAGACUCUCUAUCAGAAGGACAGCACUGGAAAGCCAUUUACAGCUCUCAUCAAAGAAAAAGGCAUUGUGAUAGGAAUAAAGCUGGAUAAAGGUGCAGCACCCCUUGCUGGAACAAAUGGAGAAACCACCAUCCAAGGGCUUGAUGGACUGGCUGAGCGCUGUGCCCAGUACAAGAAAGAUGGUGUAGACUUUGGCAAGUGGCGUGCAGUGCUGAAGAUCACCAGCACAACACCCUCUGAACUCGCCAUCCAAGAGAAUGCCAAUGCAUUGGCUCGCUAUGCCAGCAUCUGCCAGCAGAAUGGCUUGGUGCCCAUUGUGGAGCCAGAAGUCUUGCCUGAUGGAGACCAUGAUCUCCAGCGCUGUCAGUAUGUCUCAGAAAAGGUUCUGGCUGCUGUCUACAAGGCCUUGAGUGAUCAUCAUGUGUACCUGGAAGGGACACUACUGAAACCCAACAUGGUGAUGGCUGGGCACUCCUGCCCCAAGAAGUACACCCCUCAGGAUGUAGCUGUAGCAACUGUCACUACUCUUCUCCGCACUGUUCCUGCUGCUGUUCCUGGAAUUUGCUUCUUGUCUGGAGGUCAGAGUGAAGAGGAGGCUUCUGUCAACCUGAAUGCCAUGAAUCAGUUACCUGUGGCUAAGCCUUGGAAACUGACCUUCUCAUAUGGCAGAGCCCUGCAAGCCUCUGCCCUGGCAGCAUGGUUGGGCAAGAGUGAAAACAAGAAGGCUGCACAGGAGGCUUUCCGCAAGCGGGCACAGAUUAACAGUUUGGCUUGCAGAGGACAAUAUGUCACCUCUGGGAAGACUGAUGCAGCUGCUACCCAGUCGCUUUUCACUGCCUGCUACACCUACUAAAAGAGCAGGGACCUUCCUGUGUCCUGACUCUCUUCACAAGGUCGAAUAUGUUCAGAAAUGAAAGAAAAUCUAAUUUUCCUUACCCUAAAUAAAACUGGGUUAAAAUGGAUCAGCUUCC